GCGGGAGCGGCGGGGGAGCUCAGAGCGGGAGGCGGAGAGCCGGCGAGGCAUUUGCAGCUUCUGCUCUUCUCGAGCAUCUCGUCUGGAGGUCGCAAUGAAUCCAAGCUCUGUGCCGGAGCCGGAACCCGAGCAAGUGGAGCCCUUGCGCUACCUCAGCAAGGCUGAAGCCAUGGCUAUUGAGAAGGAACUUCUUGAGGAUUACCGCUUUGGGCAGCAGCAGCUGAUUGAGAUGUGGGGUCACGCCUGUGCGGUGGCAGUCACCCGGGCCUUCCCUCUCAGUUCUUUCACCAAGAAACAGCCGACGGUGCUGGUGAUCUGUGGACCAGAGCAGAAUGGCUCAGUGGGACUCGUCUGUGCCAGGCAUCUUCGCUUGUUUGAGUAUGAGCCCACUAUAUUCUACCCCAAGCGCAGCCAGAACAUGCUUUAUCAAGACUUCACAACGCAGUGUGAGAAGAUGGACAUUCCCUUUUUGUCCUACCUGCCCACUGAGGUGCAGCUCAUUAACGAUGCCUACAACGCAGUUAUCGAUGCUGUCUUGGGUAUGGAUGGAGUCCAAGGGGAUGGUAAAGAACCUUAUGCGAGCAUACUGGCCACACUGAAGCAGGUCAAAAUCCCCAUUGCCAGCAUUGAUGUACCAUCAGGUUGGGAUCCUGAAAGCGGCAACCAGGAUGGGAUAAGUCCAGAUGUGUUAAUCUCUUUAAUGGCACCCAAAAAAUGCGCCGCAAACUUUGCUGGAAAACACUACCUGGCUGGUAGAUUUCUACCAUAUGACAUCCAAAAAAAGUUUGAGCUCAACUUGCCCGAUUUCCCGGGAACAGAGCACCUACUGCAGCUCUGAGGAAGGCAACAGAUGCGCACAGAUGGACCUCUGGUUAAGAUUACCUUUAGACGAGAGCCAGGCUCUUGUGUUGUUUACAUUUUGUAGCAGCUGUAGCAUUUUAGGCUUUGAGUGAAGUUUGCCCAAGUGAGUUGGAUUCCUAGCUUCUUCCUGGUCUGCAAGGUGCGGCUGAACAGCAGCAGAUAAAGUGGGGAGGAAAAUCUUCCUUUGGCAGUUUGGGGCCAAUGCAGGGCAAAAUAGGCCCGCUGAAGCAUUUCUCCUUUUAAUUUCUGCCAGCUUGGCAUUUGGCCUGAAGUUUCGAAUGGCAUUCCCUUUAACAAGUUAAAUGGGUAUUUUAAAAAUAAGGAGGGAUAUUGAGAGGGUAGAAAAGAUUAUUUUCUGCUGAUCAGAUGUGAGCAUAAAAUUAAAACAGAUAGUUACAUUCAGCGAGAAAGGAGGGAGGGAGUGGGGUGGGGAAGAGCUCAUAAAGCUAUAGCUUGUUUUCCUCAGGUACUUCGUUCUACCAAACGUGUGAGAGAAAUGCAUUCUAAGCUUCCACUCGAGUUCGUGUUGGAGCGUUGAGUUUGAUGCUACCAUACACAUCCGUGAGAAGCUUCAAAAAAGUCAGUAGAACCCCGGCACACACACACAUGAAACUAUCACCCAUCAUUCACCAUCAAGUGCAGAUGUUCAGAAGGUCAUGAUGUUCCUGUAUCUGUGGAGAACAUUACAGGAUUUGACUUAGGAGCUAAGUUCCUAAUUUCAGAGAAAGCUUUGUCAGAGUCACUUCCAACAUGCGUAUAAUCCUUUUUUUGGGUCAUAAACACAUACAGGUAUCCCAGGGUGGAGAAAGAUAUGUGCCCUAGCGGCCAUUGUAGGUGUGAAGAGAAACCUUCAUUUGGGACAGAAAAAAAAUAUUAUUCUUGUCAAGUUCUCAAGCAUGUUAGGCAUAUCCCCUCAUUUAGCUAUAAUUUAACCAUGGUGACACUUGCUGGGGUGCAGCUCAGCAGCAGCAUGCAGAUACAUUCUCUUUACUUGUUAAUUUUAUUCUCUUUGUAAUGAAUGUGUUUUCCAAUUACAGUGUUUGGGCUUUGUGAAAAAUAGACAUUUCUUUAUGUUUA